AUGUCAACAAAUACUUCAGUAGAAUCCCUUAUAUUACUGACACCGCCUGAUAGCGAAUAUUUAUCAUCGACACUAUUAGACAACACAACAAUCUGUGCAGAUGAUUUAAUUAAUGAAUUACUUGAGGGGUUGUCCGGUCGAAUUAUAUGGGGCAUAAUACAAAUCAUUUUUAUGUUAUCGGGUAAUAUAGGAAAUAUUGUUACAUUAGUAGUUCUCAAUCGUCGUUUAAUGCGUAAAGGAGGUGUAAAUAAUCUUUUACAGGGCCUUGCUAUAAGUGAUAUAGUUGCCCCAACCCUUGCUUGUAUUCCACACAUUAUUUACUAUUAUGGUUCGACAACAAAUGAUGACAUAAUAAGUUUUAUUAAUUUAUAUAUUAUGCCGAUCGCAACUGGUGCAACAUUUUGUUCAAAUUGGAUUGUUGUAACAAUAACAAGUUUUCGAUUGAUGAUUGUUGUUAAACCUCUUUAUUCACAAAUUUAUUGUUCAAGUCGUAAUGAAAAAAAAGCACUAAUUAUCAUUUUCUUCUUUAGUAUUCUAUCUAUAGUCCCUUACUAUUAUUAUCGUUCUCAUAUCAAUGCCCAAUAUGUUAUAAAAGUUAUAUCAGGAAUAUUAUCCAUAUUAGGACCAUGGAUCAUAUGUGUUGUUCUUUGGAUAUUACUUAUACGAAUUGUUAGCCAUAAAAUUGGCUUAAAAAAAUCAAACGAAUUUAUACUACAUUCAGAAAUAGUCGCACAGCGUUUAAAAUCAAAAUCUAAAAUCACUAAAAUGGUAUUAAUUAUAUGUUUUUUUAACAUUAUAUGUCAAUUACCGGUAUUAAUUUUAACUAUACUGAGUCUUGUAAAUAGUAACCCAUGUGGAUAUAUGCCAGCGAUGAUUUUUGGUUGUUUGCUUUUUCUAUCUAACUUACUAUUAAUUGUUAAUCAUUCAAUAAAUAUUAUUAUCUAUUCAUUGACAAAUCGUAAAUUUCGUUAUACAUUAAAAAUGAUGUGUCGUCGUUGUCAUUGUUUUCAUAAUCAUCAAUUGAGACAACAAACAAUGAUGGCAAUAAUGCAGUAUGAUGAACAACGGAACGGAACUUAUCAACAAAAAUGUGAUAAUGAUAUAUGUUCAACCACAAAUAUUCGUCACAAUCCACGUGUAUUAAUUUCAAUACGUUUAAAACCUAUUUCAAGACAAAAUCUAUGUACACGUAGACGUAUCAAUUUAUGA